UGUGCGCUCAUGCCGGUGAUUUUUAUCCAUAACGCACAAGACUAGUUGAACGACGCGCCGUCAUCAUGUUUGACUGCAUGGACGUGCUGGCCGUGAGUCCCGGGCAGAUGCUGGAUUUCUACACGUCCAGCCCGUCCUCCUGCAUGCUGCAGGAGAAGGCUCUGAAAGCCUGCAUCAGCGGACUGGCGCACAGAGAGUGGCAGCACCGCCGGAGCGCACACUCCAUUGAAACGCAGAGCACCAGUUCUGAGGAGCUCGUCCCCAGCCCGCCAUCCCCGCCGCCCCCACCCAGAGUCUACAAGCCCUGCUUCGUCUGCCAGGACAAGUCCUCUGGAUACCACUAUGGUGUCAGUGCUUGUGAGGGCUGCAAGGGUUUUUUCCGCCGAAGCAUCCAGAAGAACAUGGUGUACACGUGUCACCGGGACAAGAAUUGCAUUAUCAAUAAGGUGACGAGGAACCGCUGUCAGUACUGCCGCCUGCAGAAGUGCUUCGGAGUAGGAAUGUCCAAAGAGUCUGUUCGAAAUGACCGGAAUAAGAAGAAGAAGGAGAGCCCAAAGCCGGAGCUGGCAGAGAGCUACGAGCUGACAGCCGAGCUGGAGACCAUCAUUGAAAAGAUUCGUAAGGCCCAUCAAGAAACCUUCCCCUCCCUCUGCCAGCUUGGCAAAUACACCACGAACUCGAGUGCAGACCACCGUGUGAGGCUGGACCUGGGCCUGUGGGACAAGUUCAGCGAGCUGGCCACUAAGUGCAUUAUCAAGAUCGUGGAAUUUGCCAAACGAGUGCCUGGCUUCACGGGGCUGACCAUCGCGGACCAGAUCACGCUCCUGAAAGCUGCCUGCCUGGACAUUCUGAUCCUGCGCAUCUGUACGAGGUACACCCCCGACCAGGACACCAUGACCUUUUCAGACGGGCUGACCCUCAACCGGACGCAGAUGCACAACGCUGGCUUCGGCCCACUCACCGACUUGGUGUUCACUUUCGCCAACCAGCUGCUGCCCAUCGAGAUGGACGACACGGAGACAGGCCUCCUCAGCGCCAUCUGUCUCAUCUCCGGAGACCGUCAGGACCUGGAGGAGCCUUCCAAGGUGGACCAGCUCCAGGAGCCGCUGCUGGAGGCUUUAAAGAUCUAUGUGAGGAAGCGUCGGCCCAGCAAACCACACAUGUUCCCCAAAACGCUGAUGAAGAUCACAGACCUGCGCAGUAUCAGCGCCAAAGGAGCAGAGCGAGUCAUCUCUCUGAAGAUGGAGAUCCCAGGUUCCAUGCCGCCACUCAUCCAGGAGAUGCUGGAGAACUCGGAGGGCCAAGACAGCCAGAGCAGCAGUAGCAGCAACAACAGCAGCACUUCGGCUGAGGCGGGGGCCAGCCCCAGCAGUAAGGACAGCCCCAACGAGGACACCGCUGCUGCUGAGUCGCCAGAGUCCUUGGACGCCGAGGGGGCUGUAGCCACACCACCCAGCGACGAGCCCUAGGGUGCCAGGUCCUUGGGUGCCUCUGAAACUCUCUCUGACAUUCCCUUGCACAAAAAAGGAACAUCUGGCAAGGCGCCGACCCCCUAUAACCCCUCUAUCCCAACUCCUUUGCUUGGUAUUACGUUAUCUUUAUAUCCUCGUCCUAUUUUUCUCUCCCCCGUUCGCC